CGUUGGGUGUUGAGAGAAUUUGAAAAAAGGCCCGAACUUUGUCGUUGUUUUGGUCAAAUUUGAAGUCUUGAUGUUUGUGCGAGAGGCUUGAGGAGGGGUGCGCGUGCUUGACUGAGCUCGAAAAUGGGAUGAUGCAAAGUGGAAAUUUUGGCGGAGAAAAUUUGUUGCCAACUCCUCCUCCCCCCUCUCCUUGCUGUGCGCUGGUGAUCUCUGAUGUGUUCCUCCCAGAAAGAGCGUGCUUCCCGGUGGUUGCGGAUGCAAGCGACGAUCUUCCCAUCGGCUGUCAGUGCUUCCACGCGCUAGAUUCGAUUAUCGAGGAAGACAGCCAACGCUGUCAGCUGGGUUUAUACCCAGUCUUCCUUGACGAGGGUUCGCUUCCGAUGAAAUUAAACUGCCCAUUUCACCAUUCACAAGCACCGGACGAUGAUGUCUAUAGCAUUUCCCUGUUGCCUGAUGAAGACGAUAUGAGCGCACAAUGUGGAUCAAAGCUAGCAGUCCUUAGCUUACUAGAAGUUCAAGAUCCAUGUGAAGACCAGAUAUGCUUUGAUGCCCACGCAAGUUGUGAAGAAUGCAUUGACUUUCAAAAGGAAAGCUUAGAAGCUUAUUCGCAGUGUGUCAUAGAUAUAGAUAUCAAGAAGGAAACUGUGGAAGAAUCUAAACCCCACAUGGAAUCUCAUGGGAACAAAAACAGCGAUAGUUUACUUGCUAACACUCCAAGGGUCUUGCAGAGACAAGUAAGCUUAAAGACAGGCGAAAAGUUAGCUCAACUGCUAAUGGAUCACAGUGCAAUGUUUGUGAAGCUCCCUAAUAAAGAAAAGCCAGUUGUAGAAAAAUUUCACGAUUCAUCAAACAACAGAUGGAGGAGGUACAAGCGUGCUGCCUCAUUUGAUUCCAGGAAAAUUGUCUUCCUCUUCUCCAUCCUGUCAAGCUUUGGGACAUUGGUACUCAUUUAUCUAACCCUCAGAGUUAGGCAGAAUAGUACUGGGUUCGAGCACAGCUUGUGACAGCUUGAUGCUAUUCUAUUUUGUUUAGAAUUGGCUGUUGUAGAUCUUUCUUUCCUGUUUCUUUCUAGUGUGAGUGUCAGUAGGCUUGUAUGUAAAUAGACGAAUCUGCUCAACUGCUUUGGACUUGGAUUGCUUGGUAAAGCUUACUGUGAUUAAAUGUCGGCGAAAGCUAUAUCAUAUCAUGCUUAUGCUCUUUCAGAAA